AUGUCCAUCCGGUUUAUAAGCCAAAAGAUCGCUCAGCAGAUCGAUGAGGAGCUCAUGUCAUCCAGCGGCGCCUUCUCGCUUGAUCAACUGAUGGAGCUGGCGGGUCUUGCCUGUGCUCAAGCAGUGGCCAAGACGUACCCCGUCAAUACCCAUCCUCGCGUCCUCGUCUGCUGCGGGCCAGGUAAUCAAGGUGGCGAUGGUCUCGUAGCUGCGCGUCAUCUGCAUCAUUUCCGCUACAAGCCAACGAUCUAUCUCCCGAAGCCAGGCUCGAAGGAUAUCUACCAGCGCCUCCUGAAGCAGUGCGAGAACCUCGAGAUACCGGUUCUCAAGAGUAUAGAGGAGCUGGAGAAGGGCGUGAAGGAGACAGAUGUCAUUCUGGACGCUAUCUUCGGGUUCUCCUUCCACCCUCCCCUUCGGCGUCCAUUCGACCGAAUCCUUGCACUGCUGGGCUCAUCCUCUGCGCCCAUCCUAUCCAUAGAUAUCCCCUCGGGAUGGGACGUUGAGCGCGGUCGGCAGAAGCUCGAGACUGAGCCGGACGAGAACGGGAAGGUGGAUGUCGUGGAGACAUUUGUACCGGAUGCGUUGAUCAGCUUGACGGUGCCGAAGAAGGGUGUGAGAGAGUUCAAGGGAAGGCAUUGGCUCGGCGGACGCUUUGUGCCAGAUGCCUUAGCCAAAAAGCUUGAGCUCAAUCUGCCCGAGUAUGGAGGAGUCGACCAAGUUGUGGAGCUCAGUGCCAAGCUGUAG